AUGCUCCACAUUACAUGUCCACACUCUACCACACUCCACCACAGUGAAGUGUGGUCACAGUUGGCAUUGCCACCUGUCCACUCAUCCCACACUCACCUUGCUGGCCUCUAUGGUGCCAAGAUUGCAGACUUUGGGCUGGUGAGGAUGGGAGAGGGCACGACUGUCGGUACGACUCGCAUCGUGGGCACACCGGGCUAUGUGGAUCCUGUCUACUCCCGAACGUCCAAGGCAACUGCAGCCAGCGAUGUGUACAGACAGGCCCCUCUCUCAGAGACUGCGGGAAAGAGCUGGCAGAUUAUCCCAUGGGCAUCUGAGUGCGUGAACUCGGGUGAGCUGGGGAGCCUCAAGGACCCCAACCUGGAUGCCCCUGCGGAUGCUGUGCUGCGUGUGGCUCAGCUCGCCCUCAGCUGCACCGUGGAGUGCACUGCAGCUCGCCCAAGCAUGGCAGAAAUUGCCAAUCAGCUGCAGGCCAUCCGGGAUGAAGUGGUGGGGAAAAAGGAGCUGAGGGCGGCUGUCAAGGUGGAUUCUCAAGUUCAGGAGAUGAAGGAAGCUUUCGUGGGUAUUGAGGGCCCCGAAACAGAAAUCCAGAUGAUGGGGGACAGCUUUGCUGAGGAAAAUCUCGUGUGA